UAAAGGGAAGAGUCCCUGUGUACCUGUAGUGCACUGCCGAUGAAAAGGGAGAGAGACAAUGGACACCAUGGGAGAUCUUCACGGGGAUAAUCCAAGGGCGAAUGAAAGCCUCAUGUCUCUGCGCCCCAUCCCGGACCCGGCUCGUUCCGCGCAGCCCUCGGGCCUGAGCCUGCGCGUAGAGAGGCACCUGAGCUGCCCCAUCUGCAAUGACCUGUUCUUGGAUCCCGUCACCAUCUGCUGCGGCCACUCCUUCUGCAAGGCCUGCCUGAACCGCAACGCCAUCGACAACAGCUGCCCGACCUGCAAGCAGCACUUCAGCCGCAUCCCCGAGGUCAACGUCGUGCUGCAGGGACUCCUGCAGGACCUGCACCAGGCCCGGCUGGAGGCCAGGGGCCAAAUGGCCGAGGGGUCCGCCGGGAGGCCCCGAGAGGUGGUCUGCGACGUCUGUAUUGGGCCCGGGGCCCGCAGGGCCGUGAUGUCGUGCCUGGUGUGUCUGGUGUCGUACUGCCGGGCCCACCUCGAGGGCCACAACAGUAGGAACCUGAGGGGCCACAGGAUGGUGGCGCCUGUGGAGAACCUGGACGACAGGGCCUGCCCGGAGCACGGGCGGCCCCUGGAGCUCUGCUGCCGCGACAGCGGCUGCUGCAUCUGCGUCCUCUGUGUGGGGGAGGGGCAGGAGGUUGUUUCCGUGGAGACGGUGUGGGAGAAGAAAAAGGGCCAGCUGAACGACCUCGAGGUUACGUUUAACAGGGGGAUUGCGAGACGGCAAAACAAGCUGCAGGAAAUCCGUUCCUCGAUCAGGGUUUCCCAGGAUCACUUACGUAGCGAGAGGACGGAUAUCGACGGCAUUCUGUCAUCCCUCAUUUCCUACCUGGAGAACGCCAAAAGACAUGCUCUCCUGCCCAUGGACGAGAGGAGUCAGGCGGUGGAGAGGCAGGCCAAGGAAAUGAUGGAGCAGCUCAACAACGAGAUAGGGGAACUGAAGAGGAACAUCUCGGACCUGAGGCGCAUUUCUGACACAGAGGAUCCUAUUUACUUCCUACAGAAUUUUCCAUCCACCCAGGACCUAGAAGAGGAGAACAACCUAACAGAGAUAGCACUCGAUGCAUCCACCUCCUUCGGCACCUUCCGAAGUAUCAUAAAAAACCUGAUGGAUGAAAUUCUCGACAAACUGGAGUUAUUGACUCCAAUCGAACUGCAGAGGAUCGUGAAGUUUGCAGUGGACGUGAGGCUAGACCCCAGCACCGCUCACCCACGCUUAAUCAUAUCCGCUGAUGGCAAGAAGGUAAAAGGUGGCGGCGGGAUUCAGGUAGUACCCAUGGGUGCUCAAAGGUUCGACUUGUACUCAUCCGUCCUCGGCCGGAACCGACUGACAUCUGGCAAGGCUUACUGGCAGGUUGAGGUCGGCGACAAGUUGGGUUGGGUUCUAGGCGUAACGACGGUGACCUCUCAACGGAAAGGGAGGCUUGUGUUCCAGCCCGACGCCAACUACUGGGUGAUAAAACAUCACGAUGGUGACGGCUACGCGGCAAUGACGGCCCCGACCAAAAAGCUGGCCCUCAUAGCCAAGCCCAAGAUGGUAGGCGUCUUCCUGGAUUACGAGGAGGGCCUCGUGUCCUUCUACGACCUGACGUCCUCCUCGCACAUAUUCUCGUUCACGGCGUGUGUAUUCAGUGGCGAGCUCUGCCCCUAUUUCAGUCCCCAUGAUGAGUUGGAGGAAAGCUGGCCUCUGGUCAUCAUUGCGGUGUAGGACCAGCUCUGGAAUGAUUACUAUGCUAGUGUAUACCAAAUAUACUGUAUAUGUAAACAUAGAAAAUACACAUGGGUGGGUUUCAAACUGUGUCUCCACCCAUUGGUAGCAGUUGGGGAUUAUUAUGGUGGCGGGGCGUUUUCAAUUUUCAAUGCAAAUAUUCAUAUUCAAUGCAAAAUAUAUAAAGAUGAGUUUCAUUAUUAUGUUGGAAGACCGAAACCUGGAACAGUGUAACGAUGAAAAAUCCUGGAACAGUGUAACGAUGAAAAAUAUAGAGAAAUAACCACCACCUUUGUAAUGGUAAUGGAAAUGCGGUGCUUAUUAUAUUUUUGGGGUUCCGGGUGAUAAUCAGUGGUGGGUAAAGGCAUUUAAUCAUAUUGGACAUUUUAUUCUACAUCAACCCAUGUGGUCAAGCAAGGUCUAGGUUUGGUAGCAGUUGGGGAUUAUUAUGGUGGCGGGACGUUCAUAUUCAAUGCAAAUAUUCAUAUUCAAUGCAAAAUAUAUAAAGAUGAGUUUCAUUAUUAUGUUUGAAGACCGAAACCUGGAACCGUGUAACGAUGAAAAAUCCUGGAACAGUGUAACGAUGAAAAAUAUCCAUAGAGAAAUAACUAUCGCCUUUGUAAUGGUGAUGGCAAUGCGGUGCUUAUUAUAUCUUUUGGGUUCCGGGUCAUAAGCAGUGGUGGGUAAAGGCAUUUAAUCAUAUUGGAAAUGUUAUUCUACAUCAACCCUUGUGGUCAAGCAAGGUCUAGGUUCUUAAUAGCUUCAUAAUGACUUAAUGUCUUAUUGUUGGGAUAGGGAUUGUAAAACUUUGUUCAAUAUACAUUCCUGAUGCACUUAUUCACCUAAUGCAAUUUUCUAUGUCUAACGUGCAUCAAAUGUGACUAUACUUCAUUCUGUAAGUUUAUAGUAAAUCUGGUUUUGGGAAUUUCCUUAAUAAAAUAAAUAUCAUUGAUUGUACAUCAUUUGUUAAGCUUGUAUCACAUCAGCCACAUUAAAAGAGCUUUAUAUAUUAGCUUUUAAACAUAUAACACUCGAAUCAUGCAAGAAACGACAUCAGUCGAUCUUUUAAUAUUUUUUUAUCCAAGUAAAAUGUUGUUCUGAAAACAAACAGCAAUGUGUUCUGCAAUUGUUCGAGUGGUCUCCUACUUAAUUUACGACCAUGUCCAGCUAUGUUUAGAAAAUAUUACUGUACUUUGUAUCUUCUCACUCCAUCUGGUCGUGAAUGAUGUGUUGGUUAACCGAAUUGGACUAAAUUAACUAAUAUAGUUGAUGUGGGUUCUUCGACUGAAUUUAGCUUGUAAUCAUAGGCCAGUUGGAUUGAUGUAGAAAACGAACAAAGGGCAUAAACGUGUGGGUAAAUUUUAACCCGAC